AUGUAUAGACCAGGGGAAACAGUCAAACGUCGACUCAACAUGCACGCUCCUCCUCGGAUAAGAAGCGUGGAGGUUGCUAGGGGAAGAGCAGGUUAUGGGUUUACCCUUUCUGGACAAGCUCCUUGUGUUCUUAGUUGUGUUAUGAAAGGAAGCCCUGCAGAUUAUGUUGGACUUAAAGCAGGAGAUCAGAUAUUUGCAGUUAAUGAAAUCAAUGUGAAAAAAGCCUCUCAUGAAGAUGUAGUGAAACUUAUAGGAAAAUGUUCUGGAGUCCUGCACAUGGUCAUUGCUGAAGGGAUUAGUCAUAUAGAUUCAUGUUCAAGUGAUGAAGAAGUUGGUUUUUAUGAUGGAAAGGGGUGGCUGAAACCCAAACCUGACUCUAAAGCUCUGGGUAUAAACCGAGCAGAGAAAGUUGUUGAAGAAAUGCAGUCUGGUGGCAUUUUCAACAUGAUCUUUGAGAAUCCUACUCUUUGUGCUGGUUGCUUAGAUAAUUCCACACCAAAACAAAGAUCUUUUUCGGAUUCUGCUGCUAUUAAAUGUGAAACUGGAAAUGAAAGUGCAAGCAAUCCAAACCUACUGUCAAAGGAAGAAAUAUCCAAAGUCCUGAAUGAUGAUUCGGUUUUUAGAAUUGGACUGGAGAGUGCAGAAGACUUUGCAUUAGAUGCAAGCAUUUUAAAUGUUGCCAUGAUUGUAGGUUACCUAGGCUCCAUUGAACUGCCUUCAACAACCUCAAAUUUGGAAAAUGAGAGUUUGCAGGCUAUUCGUGGAUGCAUGAGACGUCUGCGGGCAGAACAAAAAAUCCAUUCACUAGUGAUGAUGAAGAUAAUGCAUGACUGUAUUCAGCUCUGCAGUGACAAAUCAGGUGUAGUGGCAGAAUAUCCUGCAGAGAAACUGGCAUUCAGUGCUGUUUGCCCGGAUGAUAGAAGAUUCUUUGGACUAGUUACAAUGCAGACAAAUGAUGAUGCAAGCUUGGCUCAGGAAGAUGAAGGGGUUCUGAGGACAUCUUGCCAUGUUUUUAUGGUGGAUCCUGAAUUAUUUCAUCAUAAAAUUCACCAGGGCAUAGCAAGACGUUUUGGACUGGAAUGUACAGCAGAUCCGGAUACAAAUGGCUGUCUAGAGUUUCCAACAUCAUCUCUACCUGUUCUUCAGUUUAUUUCUGUCCUGUAUAGGGAUAUGGGGGAAUUGAUUGAGGGAAUGCGUGCGAGGGCUUUUCUUGAUGGUGAUGCAGAUGCUCAUCAGAAUAAUAGUACAAGCAGUAACAGUGAUAGUGGAAUUGGAAAUUUUAACCAAGAAGAAAAGAAUAAUAGAGUUCUGGUGGUUGAUUUAGGGAGCAAUCCGAGUAAACACAUUCCUAACAGCAUAUGGGAAAAUCCAGUAGGAAGGGGGCAAAAUCAGCCUGCUUCCCAUUGGAAUGGCUUCUGCCAUGAACAGGAAGGAAACAUUCCUUUAGAAGUAAUGCAGAAUGAUAAGUCCCAAAAUGUAAGCAAACACUUAAGUCCUUCUGCUCGUAUUGAAGUUCCACUGGUUUCCUCUCGAAAUUCAGUACCCCCAUCAAAGAAAAACGCUGCAGGCAUAGGCAAUCAAAGAUGGUUGCCUGUGCAUGUUUUGCAAGAAUGGCAGCAUGGAAAUGCUAGUGACCAGGAAUCGUACACUGAUUCUACGGACGGCUGGUCAAGUGUUAACUGUGGAACUCUUCCCCCACCAAUGAAUAAGAUUCCAGCAGACAGAUACAGAGUCGAUGGCAGCUUUGGUCAGCCGCAGUUAAAAUCUCAUAAAAAUGAAUGGUCUAAGAAGAUGCUUUGCAUGCAGAACAAAUUUGGCCCUCCGCACAGUAUUAAGAAGUCUAAAGAAGAUAAAAAGGGUGCAAAAUUUGGACAUCCAGUGGGAUUAAAUCAGGCUCCUCCCCCGCGUUCUUCUGUGCGAAGAUCAUUUGGAAGAUCUAAGCGAUUUAGUAUUACUCGUUCUCUGGAUGACCUUGAGUCAGCAACUGUUUCUGAUGGAGAGCUGAAUAGUACUGAAUUAAAAGACUGCAUCAGUGAAAAUAGCCUCAGUAGCAAUGCUAGUCUUCCCAGUGUACAGAGCUGCCGACGUCUUCGAGAAAGAAGAGUUGCAAGCUGGGCUGUUUCAUUUGAGCGUCUUCUUCAGGAUCCUGUUGGCGUUAAAUAUUUUUCAGAAGUCAUCCAGGAAGUGAGAGACCUGAUUGCAAGUUCCCUCCUUGAGUGGUUCAAACCAACAUCUCCACCUUCCCAGCCAUGUGUGAGAACUGCAAAGCUACAUAAUGUUCCAACUGGGGCACCACUCCGUCUUCCUGAUGAAGCUGAAUUCUUGUGCAGCCAGCUGUGCCAAAUCACAUGGCCAGAAAGAGAGCAAGCAGGAGAUUGA